UCUUACCUGUUCCCCAUUGAUGAUUACAACCCCCUACAAUUCAAUAUGCCGUCUCCUCCACCUGCCUGGGUUCAGGCCCUGAAGCCGUUGGGUCCGCAGGGUUCCGAACUCCUCCAACACGAACGCGCGCAAUCGAAUAUUAACGUCGAAAAACUGUCCGAGUUGCUGCACACCAAGGAAAUCUUGGCUCGACAACAAAAGCUUCUGGCUCUGUUGCAGCCGGAAAAGGUCUUUGACAAGUCCCAGAAUCACACCUUGGGCCGCGUGGAACGGCUGCAGCGGUCGCUGGCCAAGGCCAAGCGUCUGCAACAGCUGGCAGAACAAAACAAAUGGUCCAUGGAGGAGCUUCACGCCGCCAACGAGCUGAUUGGCGAACCUACCCCGUAUGGAUUGCACGCAAGCAUGUUUCUGGUGACCCUCCGCGAACAGGGAAACCCCGAACAACAUAAGCUGUUCCUCGAGCGGGCGCAAAAAUACGAGAUUAUUGGCUGUUAUGCCCAGACAGAAUUGGGCCACGGAUCCAACGUGCGCGGUCUGGAGACCACCGCCACCUGGAAUCCGGACGACAAGACCUUCACCAUCAACUCGCCGACAUUGACCGCAUCUAAGUGGUGGAUUGGGUCCCUGGGUCGCACGGCGAACCAUGCGGUGGUUAUGGCGCAGCUUUACAUCGGCGGCAAGAACUAUGGCCCGCACCCAUUCGUGGUGCAGGUUCGGGACUUGAAGACCCAUGAACCGCUCGAGAAUGUCUACGUUGGUGAUAUUGGACCCAAGUUUGGUUACAAUACCAUGGAUAACGGCUUCUUGCUGUUUAACAACGUCAAGGUUCCGCAUAUUAAUAUGCUGGCCCGCUUCUCGCGAAUCGACAAGGAAACGAACAAAUACGUUCGUCCCGCACUGCCUACUCUAGUCUAUGGUACUUUGACCUGGGUACGAUCCAACAUUGUCCUCCAGGCCGGUGGGGUUCUGGCGCGUGGUGUUACCAUUGCCACCCGGUACUGUGCCGUUCGGCGGCAAUUCCAAGACCGUGAUGCGGAAGCGAACGCAGGCGAGAACCAGGUUCUGAACUAUAAGAUGGUGCAAGUCCGUCUGCUGCCCCUCUUGGCAGCCAUGUACGCUCUCCACUUUACCGGUCGCGGCAUGAUGCAAUUGUACCAGGAGAACCAGAAUCGCAUGAAGGCAGCCAGCUCACCCGGACAGGAAUCGCGGGGUGCUGGCCCCGAGGAGCUGCGGGCUGGUGCAGACCUGCUGGCGGAUCUGCAUGCCACAUCAUGUGGCCUGAAGGCUCUCGCCAGUACCACCGCCGGAGAAGGGUUAGAGGUCUGCCGCCGGGCUUGCGGUGGUCACGGAUACAGCAGCUAUAGCGGCAUUGGACCGUGGUACUCGGACUAUCUGCCCACACUGACGUGGGAGGGCGACAAUUACAUGUUGACCCAGCAGGUCGCUCGCUAUCUGCUCAAAUCUGCCCGUGCUGUCCUGUCGGGCAAGGCUGCGGACAACGACACGAGUCGUAUUCUCCAAACCUACCUCUCGCGCCGGGACAAGGGAGCUUCUUUCGACGUGCUCGAGACAGACGCAGACAUUGUGGCUGCGUUUGCAUGGCGCACCGCUCAUCUGACAUUUGAGGCGCUGAAGCACCGGGAUGCCGAGAAGCGGUCAUGGAAUAGUCUCCUGGUUGACUUCUGGCGCCUGUCGACCGCCCAUUCGCAGUAUCUUGUCGUCAAGAACUUUUAUGAGUCGGUCUCUUCGCCGCAGCUCUCGGCGGCGCUGGACCCUGAGUCCAAGACCCUGAUGCACCAACUGUUCAGGCUGUACGCCCUGCACACACUGGAGCGCGAGGCCGCUGAGUUCUUCUCCUCGGGCGCUGUCACGGUGCGCCAGAUCACCCUGGCGCGCACCACAGCGGUCAUGAAGCUUCUGGAUGAGAUCCGCCCACACGCCAUCCGACUGGUCGAUGCGUGGGCCAUUCCGGACUGGCAACUGGACUCUAGCCUGGGCCGAUACGAUGGGGCAGUGUAUGAGGAUCUGUUCCGCCGGGCCAGUCAGGAGAACCCGGUUAAUGACUUGGUGUUUGACCCGUACCCGUGGAAUGAGGCGCUCCUCAAGAACGAGCCUAAGAGCAAACUGUGA